AGGACCGGCCUCGCAGCAGCCACAAUGCCUCCAGAAGAGUCUGUCCCACGAACACAAGUGGAGAGAAGGAAAACGAGUCCCUAUUUUUCCAGUAAAUACAGCAAAGAAGCCCUCAGCCCACCCAGAAGGAAGGCCCUCAGAAAAUGGACUCCUCCACGUUCUCCUUUCAAUCUUAUCCAGGAAACACUCUUCCAUGAUCCAUGGAAGCUUCUCAUUGCCACGAUAUUUCUCAACAAAACUUCAGGGAAAAUGGCCAUUCCAGUGCUCUGGGAGUUCCUGAGGAAGUAUCCUUCUCCUGAGGUAGCCAGGGCUGCAGACUGGAAAGAAAUGUCAGAGCUGCUCAAACCUCUGGGCCUCUAUGAACUCAGAGCCAAAACCAUCAUCAGGUUCUCAGGUGAGUACCUGAGCAAGGCGUGGCGCUACCCGAUCGAGCUGCACGGCAUCGGCAAGUACGGCAACGACUCCUACAGGAUCUUCUGUGUUAACGAGUGGAAGGAGGUGCAGCCACAGGACCACAAGUUGAACGUGUACCACACAUGGCUGUGGGAGAACCGGGAGAGGCUGAGCAUCGACUGAGCUGAGCUGGGGCUGACCUGCCCCACCACCUCCCCUCGGG